AUCCUGCACACUCCUGGAUCGGCAGCUCCCACACCCGGGCCUGAAGCCGGGUUCCAGGUGUGAGAGAGGCAAGUCUUUUGGUACCCCCGCUCACUGGCCCAUCCCUGAUCGCAGACUGGCUUCGGGGACCUCUUCCGUAAAAAUGAUGUUUCCGCAGGGCAACGAGUGCUGUCCAUACAAGGCUCCGCGGUCCAGGUGGUGAUUAAUCUCCACGUGAGAAUGGAAACAUGGCAGGGCCACGUGCAGAAGACUGCAGCGGUACCAUUCACGCCAUGCGCCCGGGAGAACCAGCCAGCGCAAGUCACGUGUAUCGUGGAGUGAGUGAGAGGCAAGGCAAGCCUUCCCAUUCCCAUUGCAAGGAUCCAGCUCAACUAUCACAACAUGAGAAUCAAAGUGAGGCUUUUCCGGUGGUUCUCACUGGCUUCAAGUGCAUCAUCCUCCAGGCCGGCCAGGGUUGGUGCACUAGGGAGUGAACGCAUGGAAGACUGGUUGAAUGGAGUCUGUUUGGAGAUGCUGAUUCCUUCAUGGGGAGGAGGCAAAAGAUGCCAGUCAUCAAUACUGAGGACCUGACAGAAAAAGACAAAUUGAAGAUGGAAGUUGACCAGCUCAAGAAAGAAGUAGCACUGGAAAGAAUGCUGGUCUCCAAAUGUUGUGAAGAAGUAAGGGAUUAUGUUGAAGAAAGAUCUGGUGAAGAUCCACUAGUAAAGGGUAUCCCAGAGGACAAAAAUCCCUUCAAGGAGCUCAAAGGAGGCUGUGUGAUUUCCUAAGGGAAAAAAAAAAUCCUUGGAAUAUCUUGAGCUUUGACGACAGUACUAAUUUUCGGUCACAUAUAAGAAUUCUAUUAAGCAUGUAAGCGUUUGUCAUAGCAGACACUUCUGGCAGCAAGAUGAAUAUUGCUUUCCAGAGGGCGGAGAGACCAAUACUCAGUGAAUCCACUGCCUGUGUCCAGAAAGGUGCUGAAGCCAGGAAUUCAAGACCCUUGGUAUCAACAGUCACCCAAACCUUGGUUGACAGGGAGUGGAGAAACACUAUCUGGUAAGAACAUUUAAGACGGCUGCUUCUGUCUUCUCUAGUAUCAUCCCUGUGUCCUCCAAAUCCUUACAAAACAUUCCGCUGAAGAAGGAAUAAAAGCUCUGCUGUGGUGGAUGCAGACGACUGACUGUCAGAAAAUGGCCCUGAAAGUUGUAAACAAUAUUCACAUCCCGACGCCCCUCUGAUCCCCGAAUGUGUGAAUAGGUAUCAGGGGUGGACGUCCAUGAACAGACGUGGUGGGUGUUUCUGAGAUUACAGGCCAGUUUCACUUUCCUCUUGGGCCUUUUCCUCAGCGUUCACAUUUCCUACAAUACACAUGUAUAUUAACUGGGGGAAAGAACGAGCUGUCUAUUUUUAAAACUCUUGGAGAGGUGAAGGGCCGUUAUUUCCUGCGGGGUAGUGUCCUCCUUUUCUUGCUUCACAAACAAAACCCGGAUGUGACUUGGGAACGAGG